AUGACAGAACGAACGGAACGUCGCCAGCGGCUGAAGACAGGGCAUGUCACCAACGCCGACACCUACCUCAUGGACCGCGGUGAUGCGGUACCCUCGCGAUCAGGUCAACACCGUCGACACUUCGUUGCACCAGACAAGAGCCCCCACGUGAGUAUCGACGCUUCGAGUUUCAACGACAGCUCCCCAACGGACGCGGGCGCCUCGAGCUCUAAAAGUUCGACUUAUACUCCUACACCGACCGUCUCCCGUGACGGUGACCACUCUGGCGUUGCAGCGUCGGGAUCUCCACGCAAGAUCCGCUCCAAAGCUGAACCCGACGCUGGCUCCGGACAGGCUGAGGAAAACGCCCGUGUCCGCACAAUUUCUGAACCCACCUUGACGACGACGGGCCGCAUCAUCAGGAUCUUGCCCGCUCCCAUGGACAAGCUCGUUACGAGUCACCUCUUGGCGAAUGUCAUGCUUUUUCUCAUCCUGCUCGGUAUGGUCUGGUCGGUGCUUCGGCAGGUGUCAAACGUGGGUGCCACCGUGAUCGACGUGGCCGCCCGAGGCUGGAGUCUUCUGGAGGCGACUUUUGUUGUUGCAUUCGAUAUUGCUAUACGUGCGGUCGCUGCUGUCGCCGGACUGCCCGUGGUGGGUGGUCGCUGGGUCUUCGACCCAGCUGGCGCUCGAGACCUCCUGCGGCGAGCCACCGAGUCGGCACCCGGCGCAGGCGCCCUUUGCGCGAGUCCAACGACCCUGUGGAUCGCCACCUGGCUACGUAUCCGCUGCGUGCCUCUCCAUAUGCAGGCGGUUUCCGGAACACUGAAUGAAAUGACCCUCGAACUUGAGGGCUGGACCGAAAUCUCAGGAUCCUUACUUCCCUACGUCUACUCCUUUGAGCUGGCCAACAUGCCUCUUCUGGAAAAGCAAGCACAGCUCCGGUGGAGCAACGUCGCCCUCCCGGCAAAGGACGCGCUCGUUGAGACGAUAGAGAGAUACGUCCAGGGGCUUGCCGACAGCGCGAAUUGUAUGUUCGACAUAAUCAUUGGGACAGACAGCAUGCUGAUGGUGUUGUUCCACACUCUCAAGGACACUCAGGUGAUGGUCCACGAAUUGCCCGUUCUCCCAAGACACUGGUGGUCUACGGGGACCGCGCAGCAAUACAUCCGUGUUGAAAAAAUACUCUAUCCCUUGAUCGACGCGUUCGACAAGCAAAUAGCGCAGGAUGCCGGGGCCACCUCCUCAUGCUUCGCAACGUUGAAGAGGACAUACGCGCUUGGCCUCGAAUGUGAGGUACUGGCCACGCAGUUUCGAAAAUUCGUCGACGCGAUGCUUGAGGCACGAUACACGUUUCCCUUUCCAUCCUUCUUCAGGAAAACCCACCGUAACCCCACGGUGUUGAGCAGGUAUGACCAGGGCUUCGUGCAGCACGACCUCAAGACUAUCGUCGAAAGGCUGGCCCAUGCUCGAAACCAACUGAAUAACCACCGCGCAAGGCUUGCGGAAACCCGAACACUCAUCUCUGACUCUCAUGCUUCGACCAACGCGACGGGCAUGCAACAGCUGCGGGAAGUGAUAGAUGAGGUUCUAAGUCGCCUGGUCACCGCCAAACAAAGACAUGCCUCGUCAACCGCGAGGGCAAAAGCAGAGUAG